CGGAAUCCGUUCUUUCAGCCUUUGCCUUUUGCGCUCUCGCUUUCCGUAGGAAGUGCUCGCCUAAGCGCAGUCGUGGAGGCCUGUGGGGAAGUGGAUUGGUAGGGCCCGGUGGGGGGACGCACGUACGCUCGGGAGCUGCCCACUGCCUGGUAUGGCUAAAGAAAAAGGUGCCAUCUUCAGGAACGAGUAACCCGUCUUCAUUCUGUUCUGGAUGCACACACAAGUCGGUGACCACGUGCAAUUUCUGUCUCCGUGACAAGAAAAUAAGGAGGGCGUCAGCGAGGUUUUGACACAGCUCAUCUUCCCGUAGUAAAGAUGGCGGCGCCCUGAGCGUAAGUUACCGGCAACACCACUUCCGCAUUUCUCUUGCGCCCUGGUCCAAGAUGGCAGACGAGGCUACUCGGCGGGUUGUGUCUGAGAUCCCAGUGCUGAAGACUAACGCCGGACCCCGAGAUCGUGAAUUGUGGGUGCAGCGACUAAAGGAGGAAUAUCAGUCCCUUAUCCGGUAUGUGGAGAACAACAAGAAUGCAGACAAUGACUGGUUCCGACUGGAGUCAAACAAAGAAGGGACCCGGUGGUUUGGAAAAUGCUGGUACAUCCAUGACCUCCUCAAAUAUGAGUUUGACAUUGAGUUUGACAUUCCUAUCACAUAUCCCACUACUGCUCCAGAAAUUGCAGUCCCUGAGCUGGAUGGAAAGACAGCAAAGAUGUACAGGGGUGGCAAAAUAUGUCUGACUGAUCACUUCAAGCCUUUAUGGGCCAGGAAUGUGCCCAAGUUCGGACUAGCUCAUCUUAUGGCCCUGGGGCUGGGUCCUUGGCUGGCCGUGGAAAUCCCUGAUCUGAUUCAGAAGGGCGUGAUCCAGCACAAAGAAAAAUCCCACCAAUGAAGGACCAAGCCACUAAGGCAGGAGAGGGGGACUUUGGAUAGGGCUACUUUCCUGUGUGUCACUCUUGUCCCUCAUAUGAUGGCUUCUCCCUGCAUCCCUUCACCUCUGGCUAUUACUAAAUAGCUGCAGAAGGCAAUGCUGGGGGAGGGGACCCACACAGUACUGCCACAGAGUUUCUAAGUUAAGCUAUGCAGGGAGGGGGAAAGACUUGGGCCUCCAAAAACCAAUAAGCAAUUUAUAUCCCCACCUCAAGUAGAACAAUGGAAGCCUCAAUCUUGGAGACAUAGAGGAUAAUUGACAGUGAAUGCAUAGCUUGCUUUUUUGUUUGUUUGUUUCUGGAAACAACCUCUCAAUAAAAACUGCUUCCUGUGGUA